CAGCCUCCCCUGGAAGUUCCUAACACCCCCUCGGGGGGCGCACUCCCCCGUAUUCAGUGAUAUAAAGGGCCGCCCGCGGGCCGUGCAGGCCGCCGCGUGCUGACGUCACAGUAAACAAACGGGCCGCUCGACCUCCCCGAGUUUCUCUUCUUUUACUCAGAAACCAUGGAGAAAGACCCAGUUACCGCCUCAGAAGAUCUCAAUAACCAAGUUCGCUCACGCUCCAAGACUAAAAAGAAGAGGGCUUCAUCUUCCUCUUCUUCUUCCUCCUCAUCUCCCUCACCAGAGCAGAAGGAAGUCAAGAAGAAAAGAAAAAGACAGAGACCACCUUCCUCCGACUCAUCUUCCUCCUCGUCAGACUCCUCCUCCUCCUCCGACUCAUCUUCUUCCUCUUCCUCCUCCUCAUCUUCCUCUUCAUCACCUUCCUCUUCUUCAUCUUCAGAUUCCUCUGGGUCAGACAGUGGAGUGUACAAGAAAAAGCUAAAAGGCAAAGCUUUGAAAAAGGCUUUGAAGAAGCGGAAAAAACGUGAAAAGCUCUUGAAGAAGAAAUUAAAGAAGUACAAGAAGCAGGCCAAGGAAGAGGAGAAGAAGUCAAUCAAGAAGAAAGUGAAGCGCCUGAAGAAGAAACUCAAGAAAAUCAAAAAGGAGCAAAAGAAGGAUGCCAAAAGAAUAAAGAAGACACAGCAAACACGUGCGGUCAAAAAGAACACGGAAAAGAACCACAUCAAGACUGACAGCACCCAUGGCCCCGACAGCAAGACAGCAGCCAACAGGUCGUCCAGAAGACGCUCGGAUGUGGUCGAGAACGGGUCAGCCUCCAUGAUAGGACCGAGCGUUGACCUGAUGACUAGCCAGGCGACAAUGACCCCGAUGACCCGAGAGGAGUGGGAGAAGCAGGAGGGAGUGGUGCGUCGAGUGUAUGACCCAGAGACGGGGAGGAGCAGGCUGAUCAAGGGCUCCGGGGAGGUGCUGGAGGAGUGUGUCAGUCGGGAUCGCCAUCGCGCCAUCAACAAGUCCGCCACACAGAGCGAUGGGGAGUUCUUCCAGGCCAAUGCCAAAUCCCGAGCCUCCAAGCCUUGACUCUCAAUGCCUCAGCAGUUAGGUCUCUUUCCUGUAUGAUAUGAUCGUAAUUUGUUGUCCUCAAUGGGGGCAUAUUAGCAUGUGCGUGUGUGUGUGUGUGUGUGUGGUGUGUGUGUGUCAGCUAAUAAUGAUGCUUUAGGAUGAAGCCUAGAAUUAAGUGAUGACAAGUUUGUUUUUUUAAUGAUAUAAGUUGUUUUCUGUGCAAGACUUGGCGUGAAUGGAGUGUGUUACGUAUGAUGCAAAAGCAAUGCUACAAGGUAUAGUCUGCAUUCAAGUAUGGAUAUGUUUUUUCUUCUGUGGUGUAACAUUUACCUAGAUGAAGUAUAUGGUGUUGAUGGAAAGUAUUAUGUGCAGAAAGGAAACAGGAGAGGUGGUGUAUGACACAAAACAAAGCUGCAUAAAUGAGUUAUCAAGUUAAUUAUGAAUUUAAAAAGAUGCUGGUGCUUAUGGAUGGACAUAGAUAUGUAUGAGUUGUGUAAUUAUGUGAACUUAGCUGUCAUAACUUAAGACAUCAACAUUAAAUGCUAAAUUGUAUUUUAUUUAGGGAUUUCAUCCAUAAUGUUGACCUGUGUAUAAGUAAGGAAGCCCUCCUUUGUGUUUAAUGUGGGUUUUAUAAUAUUGCUGGGUCUUGGAUCAGUAAAGUUCACAGAAAAGGUCAGCAGAAAAAAUGUGUGUGUGUAUGUGUGUGUUACUGCAAUGCAUGCAUGUGCUUGUCAUUUAUAAUAAUGAGAACCCCUCAUCCAAAGGGACACAAAGAGGGAGAGAGGAAUCACUACUUUGUUGGCUUGAGUGAUGGGAUCAGAAGUAAGGCAAGGUAACUUUAAUCCAGAUUUUUUAGUUAAUUAUUUAUUUAUUCAGUAUGUUUUCUUCUGCUUUUUCUUCUUUUCAAUGACAAAAAGAACAUUAAACAUAUGUGUAGUUCAGAUAUUUGUCUUUCAAUUGUUUUUGUUUUGUUUUCUACACGACAUGUGUUUCUGUUGUUCCUUCUUGGUAAUGUAUGAUUAUAUUCUUUUUCUCUUGACACAGUUGUAUUCACUAAUUCCUUGCACCCCAGAACUACUAUCAGGAGGAUAUCCAAAACAUACUGUGCACUACAUCCUGACUUCCCUGGAAAAUAUUCCAGUGUAAUAGAAUUGAUUUUUUAUUAAGAAAGAUCCCAUAGCAACAGCUUGAAUUAGGCUUGUUCAGGAGUCUGGGAUGGAGCUGGUGUGCCCUGAUGAUGAUGUGGGGUGAAAAGGGUUAAUGUGGUUUUGUGUAAUACAAGAAACCGUAUUGAUUUUUUAUUUUAUUUUUUAUUUUUUUAUUUAUUUUAUUUUUUCAGCAAAAGUUCAAGAGCUAAGUUUGUGUAAUAACCCAUUAUUUUCACUGAUCUGUGUAUGAUGCAAGGCUGUCCACGAGGUGUAACGUGUAUACUGUGUGAUCCAUUGGUGUGUGCUGAGAUUAGGAUCACUGUGCUCAUAGAAAUUAGCCUUCCCAUAAGACACUGUUCGUCACACAAAUGAAAUGUUGCAACAGAAGUUGUAUGUACAAUUUUAUGAGGAGUCUCUAGGUGUUACCUGCUCUUGCAGAAUCAAAGUCUUGAUAAAAAAUUAUGUUUCAUGAAUGUUUUAGUUUUGACACCUGCUUAGUCAGUGAAGCAGUGUCAAGAGAUGACCUUCCUUCCUUUGGCAACACUAAGCCCAGUCCCUGUUGUGUUGUGGCCACUGUUGCUUUGUUGUAUGAAUACUGCAGCCAACAUAAUAAUUCAGUCAAUACCCAGAUUGUUUUUCAUCCAUGUUUGUAGGAUAAUUGACACUGAUGAUAAUAAUGCAGACCAGCACUUACGUCAUUUACUUAAGAGGUUCUGACAUAAAUAGCAUAGAUAAACAGUUAUAUGAAGAGUCCUUUGUACACAUUUUAUAAAGCUCAAAAUAGCAUGUGGAGAAAGUUGUUGUAAGGUGUGUGCAUGAGUAAUUAUCAUUAAAUUAAGGUGUGUUACUGCUGCUGCCCCAUAAUGGAUUGAUGAGAAGUGAUGUGAGUGAGGUGUUUGUAGCAAUCUGGUACCCUUGAGGAUGUGUGUGUGUGUGACCACCUAAACCAUAGAAUUUCCCUGUUAGUCUUAGUGCAUAAUUAUAGUGUAGCAGUGUGGAGGCCAGGUGUUGGCUGCAGUGGGUGGGUACUGGUGACACAGGCAACAGAUGUGUUCUGGUUAAUUAAUUGCCUGUGUGCACCUUUUAUGUUGCAUCACUUCUGUUCCAUUUGUUGUGCAUGUCUUGUGUUCUCUCCCAUGUGGCCAAAUGAGAGGUUAUCAUGGUUAUCAGCUGCAGCAUAUGUGUUCUCUGUAUUCAUCUGUCUUAUACUGAUUUAAACACUCGCACAUUUAUUUUUUUAUUUAUACUUUAAACAGGGCUGUCUAUGCACUGAGGUGGAGUGAUUUCAAACUUGACUCAAGGGUAAAAAGACAUGAGAAGGCAGUGUGUUGAUUACCUUGUUGCGUAUGACAGCCAUUAAUGUUACUAAUGUGCCGUUGAUUAGCCUGUACCAGGUGUAUGAGGGAAGGGAGGAUUCAUAGCUUGGUAUCUGAGUUAUGGAAGAGGCAAAUAAUAAUCACUUAAGUCUCUCUGUUUGUGUAUUGAUGGUCUUCACUUUGUAUAUGGAGUCUGACAGGAGCAUUUGCCAUUUGCUUUCCAUACUUCAAGUUACCCAAUUCUCCAUUCAUGAAUUUACACUAGCUAUUGGUUGUAAGAAACAGACUUGUAUGUAUAUUAAGUUUUUCACAUUUUACAGAACCCUUUUUUUUCAUAUCACAAAUUAAUGUUACUGAAAACUUAAUGCCUUUGUAAGAUUGAGGCGGCACUUGGCCUUGGAAAUAAAACAUCAUCACUCUUG